CCCAGGCUCCAGGUCCUGAGCAGCACAGCCCGUGUGCACCCACGUUGAUCCGGCCAUGGAGGCAGGUUCCGACGCCAAGGGGGGCGACAGUUCCGCAGGCCGCGAGGACCCCCAAGCUGCCGAGGACCAGCGCAGCACCGCGCAGCCAUCGCUCCCGCAGCUCCCGCGCCGCCCGCAGCUGCUGGAUGAAGAAGACGCGGAACCAGAGGAGGAUCGGACUGAGGCCGCAGAAGGCAACGAGUCGGCCCUGGGGGUCCCAGAACCCGCGUCUGCGUCUGGCGAGACGGGGCCCGGGCCCAAGGCCACUGGCGGUACUGUGCCGCCCAUCGGCUUCGUGGGCGAGCCUCCACCCUACGCGCCGCCCGACCCCAAGGCCGUGGCGCUGCUCUAUCCGCCUUUCCCGCAGGUGCCGGUGCUGUUCCAGCCUGCGCCGGGGCCCGCCGCCCUCUACCCGCCACCACCCGGCCCGCUCUUCCCACCCCCUGGUGGAGCCUCCUUCCCAUUCCCCACGUACGGCAGUCCCGUGGCUGGCGGGCCUGCUCCCAUGCAAGUGGAGCACAGACCUCUGCCCAAGGACUUCAUGAUGGAGUCGGUGCUGGUGACCCUGUUCUGUUGCCUGCUCACGGGGAUGAUUGCCAUUGUCUACUCCCAUGAGACUCGAGCAGCCCUGGGCCGGGGUGACCUGGCCCAGGCAGAGGAAGCCUCAAAGAAGGCCCGCUCACUUGUGCUCUUCAGCCUGCUCUUCGGGGUCUUCGUGUCUACCAGCUGGGUUAUCUAUGUGGUGGUGGCCCUCUACCUUCCCUGAGGUCCAGGACAUGCAGGUCAGGCUGUGGCCUUUCUGUGGACCCUGGUCCCCACUGGAGUAGCCAGCUGUUGCUUACCCAGGGCAAAGGGGAGGUGGGUUCAGAAGCCUCCUCCAUGAGGCCUUGGGUAGGAGCCUAAUCUGAGGGACACAGGCCCACACGGCCUGGAAGUCUUCCUGGGAUGCCGGCCUUCACCGUUACUCUUGGAGAACGCAGAAGACUGAAGCCCUCACUGUCUUCAGAGUCUGUGGAAGGACAUGGCAACCUCUAGCCCAGCUCAGGAUCUGGCUACAGUCAGUGUGCACUCCCUGGGAGUUCCUGCCUGCUCUUACACCCUUGCCCAUGCCUGGAGGGGCCGGGACUGCUAUGUCAGUCAACAGAAAGUGGCAGAGCUGCCUGCCACUACCUUCUGUCUUCUGUCUAUUUGCAGCGGAGUCCCAGGUCUCGCCUGCCCUCCUCCGAGCAGUCUGAUGCCUGAGCACUUGAGCUUUGGUACACAGGAUGCCUUAUUUUCCAAGAUUUUUUUAUACAAACGUCUCUCUCUUCUCUUUACUGCUCUGUUGGACACCUGUCUGAGAUGUUUGGCUUCUGUCUCUCCCUAGCUUCCUGCUCAUUCUGUCUUUACAGUCACGGCUGCAAAUAGGUGAACCAAGAGGUUUCAGACGUGUCAGUUGACUGAGCGCCUGUGCAAUGGCCUGUGCUAUGGCCUGUGCUCCAUCCCUGGAAUUACACAGAUGGGGUGUGGCAGUGCAUACCUGAAUUCCCAAACCUUGAGCAGAAGGAACAGAAGUUCAAGGUCACCCUUGGCUAUCCUGAAGCUGAAGGCAAGUCUGGGCUAUAUGAGACUGUCUCAAAAAUAAACGAGAGGGUUAGCUGGGUCCCCAGUUAGGAAAGACUGUUGUGACUGGGGAGCGCUCUCAGACCAGGCCACCCCAGACAGAACAAAUCCCAGCUGUCCUCAUAUGCGCUGGGGUCAAGUCCAGCUGGCUGUGAGACAGACUGUUGUCACAGGGGUCCCAUCGCCAGCUCCCACGCAGGCUGGCCUUUCCUUCAGGUCCUGUUGCCCACAGCCACAGCCCCUGGGGCCCUAGACGCAUCCCUAGAGUCUCCGUUAGGGACAGAGGUGGAAUAAGGAAGUCAGCAGGACACAGGUCUGAUCUGGAACUUGACCUUUAAAAUGCAUGACAGCCAUAUAGAGGAGGAAAAGAUUUUUGGGGGCCUGGUAGAUGCCUCAAAAGUACCUCAUAGCACCCAUCAGGCAACUUCACUGUUCUCAACACACCUUCUAAAUAAACCACUGUGAGCCGGGCAGUGAUGGCGCACACCUUUAAUCCCAGCACUCGAGGAGGCAGAGGCAAGCAGAUC